AUGGCUGCCAACAACAUGGUGAACCCGGCCGUGGACCCAGAGACCGAGGACGAGCUCUUCAACCAGGAGGUCGAGCAGAUCAAGCAGUGGUGGAGCGACUCAAGAUGGCGCCACACCAAGCGCACCUUCACCCCCGAGCAGAUCGCCUCCAAGCGCGGCAACCUCAAGGUUGAGUACCCGGGAAACGUCCAGUCCAAAAAGCUGUGGAACAUUCUCGAGAACCGCUUCCAGAACAAGGACGCCAGUUACACGUACGGCUGUCUCGAGCCUACCAUGGUGACACAGAUGGCCAAGUACCUCGACACCGUCUACGUCUCUGGCUGGCAGUCGUCCUCUACCGCCUCGGCCUCUGACGAGCCCGGCCCUGAUCUGGCUGAUUAUCCCUACACAACCGUCCCCAAUAAGGUCGGCCAUCUCUUCAUGGCUCAGCUGUUCCACGACCGCAAACAGCGCCAGGAGCGCCUCUCCCACCCCAAGUCGGCGCGCGCCCAGCUCGCCAACGUCGACUACCUCCGUCCCAUCAUUGCCGAUGCCGAUACCGGUCACGGUGGCCUCACGGCCGUCAUGAAGCUGACCAAGCUCUUCGUCGAGAAGGGCGCCGCUGGCAUUCACAUUGAGGACCAGGCUCCUGGCACCAAAAAGUGCGGCCACAUGGCCGGCAAGGUCCUCGUGCCCAUCAGCGAGCACAUCAACCGUCUCGUUGCCAUCCGCGCCCAGGCGGACAUCAUGGGUUCCGACCUCGUCGCCGUCGCUCGCACCGACGCCGAGGCCGCCACCCUCAUCACCACCACCAUUGACCCUCGCGACCACGCUUUCAUCCUUGGCAGCACGAACCCCAGCCUCCAGCCCCUCAAUGACCUUAUGAACGCCGCCCAGGAGGCUGGCAAGACUGGCGCCGAGCUCCAGACCAUCGAGGAUGAGUGGAUCGCCAAGGCCAACCUUCAGCGCUUCGAUGACGCCGUCGUCGCCGCCGUCCGCGCCGGUCCCCAACCGGACAAGGAGGCCGCCGUCGCCCGCUACCUCGCCGCUGCCAAGGGCAAGUCGAACACGGAGGCCCGUGCCGUUGCCAAGGGCGUCCUCGGCAUCGACAUCUUCUUCGACUGGGACGCGCCCCGCACGCGCGAGGGCUACUUCCGCCUCAAGGGCGGCUGCGACUGUGCCAUCAACCGCGCCAUUGCCUACGCACCCUACUGCGACGCCAUCUGGAUGGAGAGCAAGCUGCCCGACUACAAACAGGCGCAGGAGUUCGCCAAGGGCGUCCACGCCGUGUGGCCUGAGCAGAAGCUCGCCUACAACCUCUCCCCGUCCUUCAACUGGAAGACGGCCAUGCCCCGCGACGAGCAGGAGACGUACAUCCGCCGUCUCGCGUCCCUGGGUUACUGCUGGCAGUUCAUCACGCUCGCGGGCCUGCACACGACGGCCCUCAUCAGCGACAAGUUUGCCCGCGCCUACAGCCAGCAGGGCAUGCGCGCCUACGGCGAGCUCGUCCAGGAGCCCGAGAUGGAGGGCGGCGUCGACGUCGUCAAGCACCAAAAGUGGAGCGGCGCCAGCUACGUCGACGAGCUGCUCAAGAUGGUCAGCGGCGGCAUCAGCAGCACCGCCGCCAUGGGCAAGGGCGUGACGGAAGACCAGUUCCACUAA